GUGAACAGGCAUAACGAUAUGCUGCUGAUGGUUUUCGCGAGAAACUAAGCGCGCAGGCGUGUUGCGGUGUGGGUGGAUUUAGGGGCUCGCGUGAACAGGGCGGCGUUUCUAUGGUGAGGAGGUCUUUAAUACGCCACAUGGACCCGGACACAUCUCACCUUCUGCGUCUGCUUUUAUCGCACUUUUCGGAUGAUAUAUUGCAACAGCCAGCUACAUCUCUCACGUAUCGGUCGUAGUCGUGUUUUUUAGUUGUGUUUAUAAAUGUAAGGCCUCUCGGCGCGUAUCAAGGGUCUCUUUGAAGCUUUUAUGUAAUGAUCCGCUCUGGCAAGGAAUAUUCUGGACCCUUGUCUUAGCUGAGAACCGGUUUCCAGUCAAGACGUCACGUUUGGAAAUGCGUCUUCCUUCUAGGAUAGAUACAACUUGACCAUCUGUGAAUAAUACAUUGCAUCAUAUAGCCUCUAGAUCUCUCCCACAGGUGUCUUUCACAUAAAAGAUGCGGAUCUGAUUAAACAGCUGAGGCUGCCCACCUCUUCGGUCAUUUCAUCAUUCGUUCACCGAAGACCGAUUUGACGUUAAUGUUUCGCCAGGAGGUCGGUGUCCUGUCUUUUAUUCCGUCUUGUUCGUACCUUUUCCAAUACGAGCAGAGGAACAUGUCUCGGUAUAAUAUCUACAGUCUGCUGGACUGGAUGUAUGGAGGGGUGGACCCCAUGUUUGAGGGCAAUGGAGGCCCUGAGUGUGCAGCCUUCCUCUCUCCCCGACAGAGAAUAUUUGAGACUCUGAUCAUUGUGUUCAUUUCUAUCCUGGAAGUGGUGGUGGCCAUCAAAAAGUUAAAUGUCCCUAAAGAGGUUCGAGAUGUGGGGAAAGAUGGCAGGAGGAGUAAAGAAGACACCUGGGGCAAGAACCUGUUGCUUGUGGCUCUGUGCAUGACUUUUGGAGUUGAGGUUGGGUUUAAGUUUGCCACAAAGACUGUCAUCUACCUCCUCAAUCCAUGUCAUUUGGUCACAAUGGUGCAAAUCUUCCUGCUUGCAUGUCCCCCUUGUAAAACGGCCAUGGUUAUCUUUAGGUUUCAGGUCCAUAUGCUGAAUGGAGCCCUUCUAGCUCUUCUCUUCCCAGUAGUCAACACUCGACUGCUUCCAUUUGAGAAGGAGAUCUAUUAUAUUCAGCACUCCAUGCUGUAUCUUGUGCCAGUCUACCUCUUCAGAAAAGGAGGUGUGUAUAAGCCAGAGCCGCUCAGAGACAUGUGGUGGGCGCUGCUGUCCACGGGCAUCCUCUUCCUCUACCACUUUGUGUUCCUCCAGGGCCUCGGAAUGUUGACAGAAGUGAAUCUGAAUAACAUGCUGUGUCCUGCUGUCUCUGACCCCUUCUAUGGACCAUGGUACCGAGUAUGGGCGACGGGCCACCAGACUGCCCUGACAUUACUGCACGGCAAGGCUCUGACCAUCCUCUCACAGCACACCGCUCCCACGUGCCGCUAUUUACUGGAUAUAGCACGUCUACGCAACAAGAAGUUGGACUAGUGUUUUUAUCAGCAGUCUUACAUGGACAAAACUUCAACUGGAACUUGUCCAGCAUCCUAGACAAAAGUGUAGUACAUAGAGAUAUACAACUUUAGCACUUUUUUUCUGUUUGUUGUUUGGUCCAAACCUGGUUUCUCAAAGCUGGAUCAUUAGAUCGAAAGACUGUUUUAACACCAUAGGAGCCGGACUCGAGCAACAUUAACCUUGCCUUGUUUUUUUUUAGUGUUUGGCAAAAUGAACACUCGCUGAACUCAGAACACACGUAACCUUUCUUCUCAAGUUGCCUUCUUUAGUUACACUCAACAGGGGGUCUUGUACUCGUUUGCCGAAUAGCUGAUGUCCGGUUAUAAACGCUGCAUUUCCUUGCUCGCUGGUGAGGCGGUUUUAAGAGACUGUCACAAAAUGACAUUUUGUUAGUGUUGUGGAAAGUGUAAAUGUAGUGGUACUGUAUGUCUAGGAGAUUUUCCAGUGUUUCCAGCCCAUGGCAGUCUCUUUUGUAUGUAAAUAGAACUAAACUAAUAGAACUAUUUUCUGUUGGCUUAAAAGUGUCCGUUUGAUUCCAUUUGCUAUUUGAUCAAGUACACACUCUACUGAUGAUAUUAUCUAAGGCAGUGGUUCCCAACCCUGGUCCUGGAGGCACCCCAACACUGCACGUUUUGCAUGUCUCCUUAA